AUGUCAGUCGCGGAGGGAAAGAAACCUCAAGCGCAACAGAAGAAUCCACGCGGGAUUCCUCAAGCGCCUUUCAUCGCCGAUGUGGAGGAAUAUCUAGGAGCCAACAGGGAGGUCGAAACCGCACUGAAGGAGAUCCAGGCUGCUCUUGCGAAAUACCGCUAUAUGGACCAUAACCUCGCGCAACGGCGGAAAGGCCUUGAGGACAAGAUCCCUGACAUCAAGAAGACGCUGUCCAUGGUCGAGUUCCUGCAGCAGAGGCGAGAAGGCAAGAGCAAGGCCUCGGAGUCCGACGAAGACGAUCUAGACGAUGAUCUCGACAAUGACGCCGCCGAGGACCAAAAGAAGUCCCUUAGGACGACAUUCGAGCUGAAUGAUACGCUCUACGCCGAGGCCGAGAUUGAAGACACCGACACGGUGUACCUCUGGCUUGGGGCAAAUGUAAUGCUAUCGUACAAGCUACCCGCGGCCAUCGCGCUGCUCCGCUCGAAACUCGAGGCCGCGGAAGGGUCCUUGAAGACUGUCGUCGAAGACCUCGAGUUCCUUCGUGAGCAGAUAACCAUCAUGGAGGUGAACACGGCGCGGGUGUACAACUGGGACGUCAAGCGGAGAAGGGAGCAGAGGGAGAAGGAGGCGGUGGAAGGGAAGAAAGAAUGA